GUUUGCCAUGUGAGUUGCACAGCUGGAGGCAGAUGGCAGAAUACUCACCAGAAAUGAGACAAUUCGCUUGCAUUCUCCACCUUUACCAUAAUAAGGCCUACGAUUAUCUACGGAAGAUUCUUCCUCUGCCUCAUUCUUCCAGCCUGACAAAUUGGCUGUCUAAUAAUGAGGAUGCUGCAGGCUUCAGCAACAACAUUUUUCUCCGCCUUCAGGAAAAGGUGGAGAGAGGGGAACAAGCCUACCGCUACUGUGCCCUGAUGGUACAAGACAUGUCCCUGCAGAAGCAGCAGGAGUGGGACUGGCAGACCCAGCAGCUGACAGGCUUUGUUGACUUGGGAGCAGGCGUCCUCGAUGCUGAUGAAGCUCCACUGGCCUCAGAAGUGAUAAUCCUCAUGACAGUUGGCAUCUCAAGUCCCUGGAGGGCUCCCCUUGGCUACUUCUUUGUGAACAGCACGACUGGCCACCUACUUGCUCAGCUCCUUCGUCAGACCAUUAAUAAGCUGAACAACAUUGGUGUCACGGUGCUAGCUGUGACAUCAGGUGCCACCGCUUGCGGUGCUGAGACUGCCAGAGCUCUGGGGAUCAGGAUAGAUCCCGAAAGGAUCCAGUGUACUUUCCAGCACCCACCUGGCUCUGCUCACAGCAUCACGUACUUCUUUGACACUUGCCAUGCGAUCCGGCUGAUAAGAAACGCGCUGCAGUGCUUCCAGAAGAUGGAGUGGCUCAGUGACACUGUGCAGUGGCAACAUGUGGUGGACCUGGCAACUUUGCAGGAGGAGAGAGUGGUAGAUCCGUGCAGUCCCCAGUCAGGUGGACCUGGGAGUGAAGAGAGUUACCACCUGAAGGUCAACCUCGCUACUCCGUUAUUCAGUGAGGGUGUUGCUGAGGCGCUGGAACACCUCCAGAAGCUGGGCCUGGCCUCGUUCUGCAACUGCAGUGGUACUGUCAGGUUUGUGCGUUUGAUGAGCCAUCUGUGCGAUGUAUUUCAUGGCAGAGGGCCCUAUGGAAGGGGACUGAAGGGGCCUUUGCUAGCUGGAAAUUACACCAAAAUAAGCCACCUCUUUAAUGAGGCCAAGAGCUUCUUCACCACCUUAACGGACUCUAUGGGGAGAUACAUUAUUAAGAGCAAACGCAAACUAGGAUUUCUGAGUUUCUUGCUCAAUGCUGAAAGCCUCAAGUGGCUUUACACCAGCUCCGUGUGUCUGGAAGACACUCCUUCCCACCAUCUCCUGACCCAUGCCUUCAGCCUCGACCCACUGGAGCUGUUUCUCGGCGCCCUUAGGCAAGCCUGCGGCAGCAGCGGGAACCCCACCUGCGCCACGUUCCAGGCCGCGUAUCGCAAACUGCUGGCCAGCUGCAGCCUGGCACCAGGCUCCCUGCAAAGCGGUGACUCAGGCACAUCCCUCUCUCCGAGGAGAGAUCUGACCCUGGGCAGUGUUCGUGCUCAGUAUAACCCAGCUCGCGGGAGGACACAGGCAAGGGAGUACCCCGGUGCCGCAGGCUUGCUUCUGCCGGGCUCUGCACUGAGUAACGCCCUGACAGACCUCUCGCUGCACACACGGAGCAUCGCCUGCGCCGCGGGCUUUGUUGCUGAGCAGUUGGCCUCAGACUUGCACUGCGAAGCUUGUCUUGCUUCCCUCUUUGAGUCAGAUGAAAGCAGGCUAAGAGUGUCUCUUGGACACUGCGUUCUCUCUCAGCAACUGCUGAUUGCUCAGAUGUUCACCAUCUCUCGCUGA